GACCGGGUCGCGCGGGACGCGGUGAUGGAGUUGACGACCGGCGCCGACAAGGCGCUGGCGGACGCGCAGGCCGCGAUUCAGCAGGCGAAGACGGCGGCGGGGGACUACCUCAGCAUGGACAGCAUCACCGCGGCGGAGGAGAUCGUCGCCCCGCAGCUGCAGAAGCUGGAAGAGCUGAGCGCGAACCUGACGAGGUCGGUGCACCAGAACCCGCAAGCGAGGAUACACAUCCCCAAAGUGGGCAACGCAGUGUCGAUGAUGAAGAUGGAGGUGCAGAAGCUGCGCCUGGCGAAGCCGAAGGCGGCCGCGGCCCAGAAGCUCCGCGAGAGCGAGCAGAAGGACGCCGCGGCGCUGGAG